AUGCAUGACGAUUUACUUAGUAAAAAGGUAGAUGAAAUAUUGGGAAUGGGAGAAGGAAUUAAGGCUCUUCUGUGUGACGAGGAUACAAAGAUAAUUCUUAGUAAUGUCAUUCCUCACUCAAAAUUCCUUGAAAAUGACUAUUUCUUGUUUGAUAAUAUAAUGAAUAGGAGGAGAGAGAAGAUACAAGGCAUCACCUGUGUGGUUGUAAUACGUCCAGAGAACAUAAGGUGGCUGAUAGAGGAAGUAGCAAGCCCUUUCUAUGAAAGAUACAUAGUCUUGUUCACUAAUCAAAUAGAUUCUUUGAUGCUGGAAAUCCUUGCCACGAGUGACGUAUACUGUGUCAUUUCAGAAGUCCACGAAAUAUAUAUGGACUUCUUUAAACAAGAUGACUUUCUAUAUACAUUCCACAGGGCAAAGACGAGCGACUUUACAUCUCCCUCUAUGAGAAAAAGAGCUUUAGAUGGCAUCUUCUCUCUUAUUAUGAAUCUUGGGGGUAUCCCAACAAUUAGAGUCCAAACAGGAGACAAGUACUUACUAGAAGACUCAGACGUGUUGAACACUAGGCUCACAGGACUUAAUCUUGAGCAGGGAGGGACGUUGAUAAUGCUGGACAGAUCCUUUGAUCUUUAUACACCAUUACUAUAUGAAUGGAGGUACCAGUCUUUACUUCAUGAACAUGCAGAUUAUGAGAACGGCGUUGUUAGGAUUGGGAAAAAAAGCUACUCAGUACUAGACGAUUCAUUCUUUAAUGCCUCAAAGUUUAAGGAUAUAUAUGAGGUUUCAGAAGACAUCAAGGGACUGAUCAAAAAAGCGGAAUUUAAAAAGAAGAGGCUUCAUGAAUUCAUUUUCGAUGAUCUAGAGGAAAAUACCAGGCUUUCUAGACAAUUAGAAGCACAUCUCUCCCAGCAUGGCCACGUAAUGAAGGCAUGUCUUAGACUCAAGGAUCUAAGUGAGAUGGAAAUGAAUAUUUUGAAAAACAACAAGGUUGGAAGGGAAGAAAUUGAUGAGUAUCUUGUAAGAAAAGAUGUUUCGAUCAUAGAGCGGAGUAAGCUGCUCAUAAUAUAUUCUCUUAGAAACAAAAAGAAUCCUAAUGAUGAGGUCAAAAGGUAUCCAGAUCUUAUAGAUGAAGUUGAGUCAUUUACAAAGAGAUAUCCACUUGGCAUGCCUAUAUGGCGAUAUUAUGGCUAUCGUUUUGAUGAUGAUGUUGACAUUAAGCUAGGAUAUCAGCCUGCAGUGAAAAGGGUUCUCCGCCAUUGGUGGACAAACAGGCUUGAUGGAAAAUAUUUCUCUACUGUAAGAGAGUCUGAGAACCCAAUGAACUACAUAAUAGUUUAUGUAAGAAAUGGAAUCACCUACUCGGAGUACCGAGCCUUGUGCGAAUACUACAACAUAGCAAUGAAGGGAAGGUCAAGGCUUUAUGUUGUUGGAGAUUCAAUGGUAUCCUACAAGAACAUCAUGAAAGGCAUUUAG